ACCAAUAGGAAGAAGUAUAUAACCCUGUAUUACUCCUGUAGUCCCUUUCCUCAGUAACAGUUUAGAUUUUAUUGUAUUAGCUUAAACAUAAGGUGCAAACAUGUGGAAUCAGGGGGGAUACAGUGAAUCCAGCACGGCCGGAGGUUACACUCAGUCUCCAGGAGGCUUUGCUUCACCUGCUUUGUCCCAGGGAGGAGAGAAGAAAGGGAGAACCCGUGCCUCACAGAUAAUCCCCUGCACAGUGUCUCAGCUGAUGUCUGCUUCACAGACUGAUGAAGCCUUCAAAGUAGGAGAUGUGGAAGUUGCCCAGGUUACCAUUGUGGGCAUCAUCAGGAGCACAGACAAAUCCAUGACUAACAUCCAGUACAAAGUUGAUGACAUGACAGCUGCUCCCAUGGAUGUGAAGCAGUGGGUAGACACAGAGGACCCCAGUGUGGACAGUACUGUGCUGCCCCCAGGCACAUAUGUCAAAAUAUCUGGCAAUCUGCGCUCCUUUCAGAACCACAGAUCAGUUGUGGCAUUCAGCGUCAGGCCCCUGGAGGACAUGAAUGAAAUCACCUCACAUAUGUUGGAGGUUGUUCAAGCACAUAUGGUCCUCAGCAAGCCUCAGACUAUGUCAGGGGCCGGAGGAGGAAUGAGCAGCAACCUCACACCCAUGUCACGGCCUGGCAUGGGGGGCAUAGAUACAAUGAGAGGGGGCUAUGCAGGUGCUAACGACAUGGUUAACAAUGGGUUAAGUGCAAGCCAGAAUCAGGUGCUGAGUUUGAUAAAAAGCUGCCCAGACCCACAGGGCAUCAGCACUCAGGAGUUAAAGCAGAGACUCAGUGGCAUGAGCCUGAAUGUCAUCAAGCAAGCGGUGGAAUUCCUAAGCAACGAAGGGCACAUUUUUUCCACCAUUGACGAGGACCACUACAAAUCAACAGACAGUGACGAUUAAGCACCUUUACUUUCCUACAGCAGAACUGUUGUGUAUUUUCAUUUAACCUGGCAUAAGUUAUUAGUACAAGUUUUGUAACUGAAAGCUAAAUCACAUUUUCAUACCUCCUUAGUGCCACAAAACUGAGUAAAAUCCUGUGAGGUUAAUGUGGCUGAUGUUAGUUCAAGAAAACAUGGCUUAGGUUUCCUGAGAUGUUUGGCUUAGAACCUGUGUUCCUGAGGUUGCCUCUGCUUUUUUGAAAAUCCUAAAGAUAUCUCUUUUGAAGAAGCCAUUGUUAGCAGCUAAUAUUAUUUUUCUGUAAAACACACACACACACACACAUUGUAAAGCAUUUGGUCAUUUUAAAGAUUUGGAACAUAAGUACUCAAUUUUUGGCUAUGUAUGUUCCUUUUUUCUAAAUAAAAAAGAUUAUACAAAAUAUGGUUUGGUCAGUAACCAGGCACUUCUUUUGUUUCAUAAUUUACCUGUACAC